AUGCCGUCAAAUCCAGCAAGAGACGUGAAGAAUAAUAUUUCUUUUGUUCCAUUAGUUUCUAAAGGAGGGGGCACAGCGUAUAGUGAGCCACACCCAUCCAACGGGAAUGAGCCUUUUCUCUGCAGUCUUUCGGGUGCUUGCAGGACGCGACCGACGUCCCCCUUGCCUGGGGCUGUCGUUGGCCGUCAAACCGAGCCCUCCAACUCGUCCCAUGAUUUAGGCACGGAGGACUGCGAAGAAAAAAAAAAUGCCUGCAGUUCCACGGCAUGGCAGUGUGAACAUUCAGAGUCCGGACUCCCAUGUCAUGCGGUGGAUGGGGAGGGAGAGGAGAUCAACGGGAGUCGUGAUGCUCGCGGGCAUAAAGCGAAUGAAGGGAAACUUUCAAAGGAUGAGAAACGGACGAUGCCUCAACGGGACACUUGUGAGACUUCCCCCACAUCUUCUGUGAGUGGACGGCGUGGGACCAGCCCGCUUCUUUCUUUAGCAGGAAAACCCGCAGGUGGUGAACCCGUGAGGCGAAUUCCGCUCCAAGGGCGAUCCAACACUCCAAUUUCUUUAGAUGAGAAAGUUAUCCCCACUCUGUCGCCGUUAUUUGACCGUCUGCCCCCCGCCGUUUCCAUGCCAAGUCCGCAUCACUGGAGUGUUUUCUAUCCGGAUGGUAUUGACAGUCAGCCGCCUCUUUUGCUGCAUUACUUGUCGCUCGGUGGUUGGCGAACGGUGGCGGGCGGAUGGGAUUACUUCAGUCACCGUCGCCUCCAGGAUGGCGAAGUCAUUGGGCAUGACGUGCGUUGGCUUCACAGUGCUCGGCCACGGGAUCGUUUCGUCUUUCUUAUUAGUCCUGUUGAGCCAAAGGCGGACGACGAAUCAGUGGGUCGAUGGCAUAAAUUUCGUGAUCAAAUAUACGGCCCGCCGCCGUGUUUUGCGUACAGGAAGGGCAAACUGUUCAAGAGGCCGCCUUUCGGUCCUUCAGAGAGUGUCUUGCCGAAAUUGGGAGAAAGCGCCUCAGUCUUGGGGCCGGUUUCAAACAGUUAUGAAUUCUCCACCUCUGCCACAGAGUCCUUUUCGUUCAACGCGGAGGGCGGGAAGCAUCGUCCUUGCAAGCCACAUAUUGGACGCGGUGAGAAGCGGGACCACAGACUGGGGGCCACCAUGAAUACUCAUAGCACCCAUAAUAGUACCGCUGGUGUUUGUGGGAAGGCAACAGCAGUAGGGGUGGAAGUCAUUGAGGUAAGACAUGAGGAUAUCACUGCAACAGACUACAGUCCACGUUUAUCAUCUAGUAGGUUUGCCAUCGAGUCCAAGGCUGUGUAUGCGUAUUACUUUUCCACAUUGGAAGGUGCACUUACGUACUACGACUGCCUGGAUGACCUUCGCCUGAUGGAGGAACAAACGCUUCGAGGGGUAACCAACAGAAUGCCGUGCCGCCCGAAGCGAGAUCCGUACAAACCAAGCCAAAGCCUUGGUUCUGCUACCAUUGAAAAUGGGUACAAGGGGGAUGGUUUGGCGCCAGCAACAACAAUGAACACGACACCACGGAUGGGUGUGGUGGGCAUGGGCAAAGAGACACCACUACCGUCCCGCAAAGAAAUGACGACAGAAUUACUUGAUCUCACAAUUACGGACAGAAAUGAUGUAAGUUUAGGUGAGCAAACGGAGCUGCUUCCUCUUUGGAAUGAGGGCCAAACAUCGCUCUCCAGCUUACCGGAAUCUCCGAACUUGUCUAGAAACACGCGACAAGUCAAGCAACGGCAUCAAUACGAUCGAUCCAUCCAGCAUUUAAUUCCGGUAAACACUGCAGCCGAGUGUGCAUAUGGACCUCAUGGUGAACUGCACCAUCCCAGCUACCGAGAUGUGAUGACCCCUUUCUCCACACAAAGAUCCCCAUCUCGGGAUCACGCCAUUGCUAGUGAGCCGAGCAUCCGUCCCCGUCUGUUGCCCACACUUACCACGGCACACUUUGAUACAAUUAUAACUGUAUACUCAGAGGACCCAAACUUCAAUGCUGUACUGCGAGAAGUUCUGAUGCCUGAGCCAGGAACACAUCCUUAUACCGUUUCUCUUAAAGAACAGCGCCGCAUGCUUUCCAUGUACGAAACAGGGAUGCCAGCGUGGACGAUCUUUCUUGCCUCUACUGGUUUGCCGUACCGCCGUGUAUUCCGUUUGAUUUUUGUAGGGCUUGUGAACAUUUGGCCUCUUAUCUCUCUCUUUGUGGGGUUGUACGAUCUUUACAAGCAUUUGCCACGGAUGAAGACUUUUGUAGCCACCACAUUGGCACCGUUACUGGAGUGGAUUGAGGAACAUGUUACUUUCCGUCUCUCCAUGUUGACAACUUAUAUCAUAUCUGUUGGCGUGACGGUAGCUGCUUCCUUCACGAGCUUUUUUUCGCAAUUUUACUUACUGGAAUUAUUUAUAUCUCCACUACGCAUUCUUGGGAGAUUGCUGCAAACGCCCUUUUCUCUUGUGUUUGAGUUGUUGUGGUCCAUCAUGUUCAUUAUCGGUUCCUUUUUACGGCUUCUUCUUGUGACGCUGAAAAUGAUUUUCGCAGGCCCAUUUCUUCUGGUCACACAUCUUUCCUCAUGGGAGUUUAGCAGCACGCCCGUUCUCCCCGCCGCAGUGGAGGGGACAUCGCUGACCAUGAAGUGGUGGAGGGCCUGGCAGGAAUUUUGGGUAACAGUGGCGUCACCGGUGAAAAACUUGGCAAAAGCGUGGUACGACAGUGUAGUGCACGUCGCCGUGAGCGCGGCCCGGCGGGAGGCUUCUAUUCGCCGUUGGUACACGCCGAGGCUCCGGUACUGCGUUGCCCUUGUGGCGAAGGUGCGUGAGAUAUGUGCGGUGAAUCUCGCCAUUUUUUGGCAGCUGUGUGGACCAGGGUGGGGUCUGUGGCUUUUGUACAGCGUUCUUUUCACUUGUACUGCGUACCUGCUGAUUACCGGCGAGAGGGGUGGUCUGCUUGACCCGCACGCCAUGUUUGGCGUUAUACCUUCUGUCGUGAACGGGGAGGGCGGUGGUGAGGGGUUUAUUGGGGCUUCCGCGUCGGCGGCAGCAGCGACGGAGAGCGAGGGGUUACUGAAGGAGCGUCCCUCUGAGUUCCCAGGGACGGCAACCACGCCAAUGGUCAGAAGCAGCCAGGCUCCAUUAUUCAGGAGGCAUGAACAGGAAAUUGAAGACAAUAACGGCAAUGGCUUUGAUGCAUUGUUUUUUGCGUGGGAGACACUUAUUGCUGUGUGGGUUCAAUUACCGUGGUAA